AUGUCUGACAUUCCUUCAGCUAGUACCCCUCGCUUGAGUGACAUCUCUUCUAUUGAUUCUCCUCGGAAUUCCCUUGAUCAGACCCCACCUGCUGGCAUGAGUGGUGUUAACCAGGCAACAGCGACAGGAGGUCCUUUUAAUCCGCUGGGCAAGGCCUCUUCUCCAUCACUUGGCGAUGACUCUAAUAAACUACGAAAUUCUUCCCCUGAUUCUGAUGCUUUGGGGUCUUCUGAUGAUGAACUCGAGCAGAGGGAGCUCUCCUACUUCUCACAGCAUAAGAAUAGCGCACUUUCUGCCCUCUCUUCUCGACGGCCUUCUUACGCGGCCGAAUUCCAGAAUCGCCCUAGGAACUACUCUAUGGUUGGAGGUGGCCCGCUUUCACCUACCUCUUCACAUCCCUCUGCUCCCCAAGGUGAUACUACCGCUUGGGCCGCUGGGGUUUCCGGAAGUGUUGGGCCAACAGCCAGCCAAUCAUUAGCUCCGAUUUGGGGAUCCAUUUGGAAUUCAGAGCCGUCAAGGAAAAGCCCUCCUAAACCACUGAAUGUCCAGCAUUCUGCCGUUGCCCCGGGCUCCAUGCAAAGCCCUCUAUUUGCUGGAAGUGAAGCUCUUCCGAGCCCCACUAGCAUGACACCUAACACUGGAGAGUUCCCUAUCCCAAUUCCGCUCCAACCGCAACUCCGGAACUAUAGGUCCAUGUCAUUUUCUGUUGGCCAGUUGCCCCGUGAUUUGGAUGAACGUCCCAGGUUGUCUCCCCCCGCUAUUGGAAAUGGACCAAGGCCACACCCACCAUCAGGACUCCAACACAGACCUUCUCGGCCUAGCUUGCUUUCUGAGGAACAAUAUGCCGGACAAUCCAGCCCGCUUAGGAGUGUUUUUGAAACCGAGGAUGAUGAUGCAAAUAACGCUGAGCUUAGUCGCGCCAGGGAAUCGUCUGGGUUGCAUGCCGGGUACUUGCAGCAAGCCGGCGGCACGGUUACAGCUCAACAGUCCAAUUACAUGAGGUCGAGGUAUGAGUCCAUGAGACUGAGAAACCGAUCUGCCUCAACCGCUAGUGCUGCUGGGCUUGCUAAUCUUGCAUCCAUCGGCUUGAACGGGGGCCGGGAUGGUGAGCGGAACCUUCCCGGCGAGGAGUACGAAUCAGCGCUUGCGGAUGACGACGAGCUGGAUUACCACCACUUUCAGGCUCAGCAGGCAGACGGACGCAGGUUUAGCGAGGCUCCUCAGAGAUCAAUGAGCCUGAUGUAUUCACCGGCCGAAAACCAGCGACUGGAGAACCUUAGGAGGCAGCACUGGCAAAGUGCGGGCCAUUUCCCGGGGGCGGAAUCGGGGAGUCAGAGCCGAAGGCACUCUUUCGCCGGGGGAUUGCCCAUGAAUGACACGCCCGAAAAGGAGUACAAUAUUGCAAGCAGCGAACUGCUGGCAAAGAGAAAUGUCAGCCCACCCAAAUACGGAGAGAAUGGAUUAGCUGGCCUCGGAAACAGAGGUAAUGCUCGCUCCCCCUCAUUUGUUCCCGAUCAAUUUGGGGCUAAUUGCUAUGAAGACAAUUUUUACCUCGAUGAGGCACGCCUUCGUCAGCGGCAGACUUUCCCGGUCAACAAAGCACCCGUUCCUUCAUCCAUCACUCCUCCAGGCCAACAUCAUCUCCAGCAGCUGCAGCAGGCGUAUACUGCCCCCGCGAGGCUCCCAUCUCCCCCCCUGGGCAUCCCCCAUCGUGGGACUAUGGGCAUGGGUUCCCACCAUGCGCAACAGCCCAGGAGCCAGCAGUUGUUGUAUUUUGUUACAUUCAAAGCCUGCCGAGGGGACGUUUUUUAUGUCCAGGAAGGCACUGGGCUACGUGUCCGUGCCGGUGACCUGGUGAUUGUUGAAGCAGAUAGAGGCACUGAUCUUGGCACCGUGGCUGCCGAAAAUAUCACUUGGCAGGAGGCGAAGGAACUCAAGGAGGAGCAUGCGAAAAAGCAAUAUACUUGGUUGAUGAUGUUUGCUACAAGAAGAGCCCCUGCUUCGGGUGCUCCGCCAGCUGGUGGACUUCACAGUGGCGCCAACGGCAACGGUAUGGGGUUUGCCAAUGGAGGCGCAACUGGAGCCAUGCCUGGCGCACACGGACAAAUGCAGGGCCAGGACGGUGCCGCUGCGGAGCUGAAGCCCAAGAUGAUCAAGAGGCUAGCUCAAGUGCAUGAAAUUCAGACCUUGAGAGAUAAAGAGGCGAAUGAGGCGAAAGCCAAGAGAGUUUGUCAACAGAAGGUCUUGGAGCAUAGACUUCCCAUGGAAAUUCUUGACGCAGAAUUCCAGAUGUACGCUUCCUUUUAUCGUAUUGCGAUCGGAUACUAACAUUUCGGAUUAGGGAUUGGAAGAAAUUGACUUUUUACUACUUUGCCGAUUCCUAUAUCAACUUUAACUCGCUGGUCACUGAUCUCUUCAAGGUCUAUAAAACUCGUAUUUGGAUGUCGGCUAUGAACCCGGCCUCGUUUGCGCACCCCGCCGGUCUUCAUCCUCCUGGAUCUGGUCCUCCUGGGUCGGGGGCCCUCGGGGCAAUCGGAGAGUCCAACGAACUGCAGAACCAGAUUAUGCAUCCUAUGAACUCGGCCUCGUUUGCGCACCCUGCCUCGUUUGCUCACCCUUCCGGUCUUCAUCCUUCUGGAUCUGGUCCUCCCGGUUCGGGGGCCCUCGGGGCAAUCGGAGAAUCCAACGAACUCAAAACCCAGAUUAUGCACCAGUCCCAGUACUCGGGUCAUAACGCAUCUUAUUCAGGAUACGCUCAUUCAAACGGAUCUAGUUCUUCGACGAUGUCUCACCGCGGACAGCAAAACUCGGCCAACUUUCCACCCCGCCAUUCCCCCCACACAUCGGUCGCACCCCAUCAGGAUUUCAGUCAUCUUCCGCAACAGCAAUUGAAUGGAUAUAACAAUAAUGCACCCUACAUAAAUGGCAACUCUAGCGGACAUCCUAGCCAGAACGUGGGCAGCAAUCUCGACAGCCAUUCCAACGGCGGGAACGACGCAUGGAUGGCUUUACAGAGCCUCUCUCUCGGCUCUCAUUAGAAUAAAAGGAAAUUUCGGUAUUCCUUUUUCCUUUUUACUCUUUUUUUAUCUCUCUAGGUUGAAAGCACGGAGUUAGUGUAAUGUGUUCUUUCUUUUUUUCGUCCUCGCCAUCUGUUUCCCAAAAUAUCAUUUCCGCUGUUUCUUACACUUAGGGGUGUUUUUUUUCUUGUUUUUUAACCUGCCCUCAUCUGCGGGGAGAGAGAUUGUCUUUUCCCCCGAACCUCUAUCUAUCCAUCUAUCUGUCAGUUGGGAAGCCCCUUCUUUGUCUUUAGUCUUGCCCGUCUAUCUUUUUUAUUCUCUUCUACUCUACUCUGGAAUAUUUGCAAAUGGGGGAAAGAUAAAUUGGAAAUUGAGAACCGGCGUUUUUUUUUUGUCUGAUUUUAUCGCUUUUGCUUUAACGUUCGACAUAAACUGGGUGGGUAUUAAGGUUGUGAUGGAUUUCUUUUUUUUUUUGCGGCAAGAAAAAAUUCGUCCUUAUAUAUCUCUUGAUUUUUCUCUACUCGUCAUCAUAGUACGCACUGUACCUUCUCUCGUUCCUGUUAUUAUUCAGUCAAGCUCGUACCAUCAUCAUAUUUAUCCAUACCCUGCUCAUACCCCCCGUACCUAUCCAUGCGCACACACUGUACUCGAUAUUUUACGGUAUACGCUCACGCAUCUCUAUUCUACUCUACCCUGCACUUCUACUAUUACUACUACUCUACCCAUAAAGUUCACAUCCCAUCCAUCCCUGAUUUCAACCUUGCCUUCCCCCUUCCUUUUUUGUCUGUUUCCUGUCCACUACACGAUAAAGUAAAAGUUUUGUAGCCCUUUUCUUCCCUAUUUUCUUCUUCCAUAGCACGUUCCUACUAUACUACUGCUACAAAGAAGCCUAUACCAGACAGGUGGGAUCCCCCCUCUCCUUUAAACUUCCAUCGUUUUCUUUUAUGCACUCUUUCACCAAACCAUACAAUCCUGCGAUCUCUGUUUUUCUCUAUCUCCUUUUCAAAGAUAUUACGUACCUUUUUUUGUUUUUGAUUUGAUUUGAUUUUAACUACAUGCAUGCUUGGGUACCGGUAGAUGGGGGCGGGAGUGCGGAAGGGUUCUCUUUUUCUUUUCCCUUUUUCUUUUUACGUAGGAACGAGGCAGGAAUUUCACAGAUGAUGAGUGGCUCCUCUUUUCUUUUUCCUAUUCCUUGCUUGGUUGACCGGUUUCUCUUUUAUAAUGAAUGAAAUAUCGGGAAUGGAGAUUGAGAAAAAAGGAAAAAGGUGGAUUGGGGGGAUUUUUUUUGUUGGGUGUCGUCUGUCGGUCUGCCUUUUGUGACUUCUGCUUUGAGUUUUGAAGAGUUUUAUUUUGCCCUGUUUGGCGAUUUGUGUUUUGUUUAGUUUUGGGGAGGGCGAGCGAGUAAUGUCCCGUCGAUUACAACAAGAGCAAGGAGUCUUCACCCCCCGCGCAACCCCCAUUCCACCCUACCCCCUCUUUCAUCCUAUCUCCUUUCUCUCCCGACUAGCAUUGCCCAUUCCUCACCCAUUCACACCUUCCAUAGACCGACUCCUUUUAUCUACCCCAUCUUAACUAAAGUCAUUCCCUUUCUCCCCUUCUUACGCAGCGGCAAUUUCUUUACACUCGCCCUUUUCCUAUCCCACGCUAUUUUUCACCCUGGACAGAAUACGCCUGUUCUUACACACGCUCGUUCCCGCCCGCGGGUGGGUGUUUGUAUUAUUUUUUUCUUUAUCUAAACGACUUUUUGAAUUU